AUGAGAAUUCACAUCCCUGCUGCAGCCAACACAUCCUGGGUGUUGUAUCUGGAAACAGCUGUCUUUACCAUCGUCCUGCUCUUCCUCGCGAACGAGCUGUAUCGAUGGUCCAUCCGCGUCAAAGGAAUCCCAGGUCCCAGGGGUCUUCCCAUCGUUGGGAACCUGAGCCAAAUCCAAAAUGUCUCACCAUCAGAGCAAUACAGACUAUGGGCCUCGAAAUACGGUCCUUUAUUUCAGAUACAGCUGGGAAACAAGCCCGUACUGAUUAUCAAUAGCGCUGCAGUCGCUAAGGAUUUGUUGAUCCGCGAGAGUGGAUCGUUUAUUUCUCGUCCUCUCUUCUAUGUGUUCCACAAAUUCGUGAGCAAAGAAAUUACCAGCAUUGGGACGAGUCCCUGGAACGAUAGCUGCAAGAAGAGACGAAAAGCAGCCGCGUCAGCCUUGAACGUUGUCCAGGUAGAUUCGUAUGCUCCGAUCUUGAGGCUGGAGUCGAGCGAAUUCAUCAAGGAAUUGUACAAAGCAUGUGACAGUGGUCGCACAGCCAUCGAUUUCAUGUCUUAUGCCCGUCGAUUCUCCAUGAAUCUAUCUCUGACUCUGAACUAUGGAACAAGAGCCGCAAACCAGAAAGACUUCGAUGGCAACCCAAUGAUCACAGAGAUCAGGGAAGUGGAAUCAAACGUAGGCAAAUACCGGUCGACAUCAAGCAAUAUCAAGAACUACGUGCCGUUGCUGCGACUAUUCGAUCCGCUAAUGCUCCUACUUCCUGGAAACUCGCUUCAAAAGGCCCUGGAUAUUGGAAGACGACGGUUGAGAUACCAUGCCGUUCUUCUGGAGGCGCUGAAGACAGAAAUCCGCGAGAAGACCGACAAGCCCUGCAUUCAAGGAAACAUGCUGAAAAACCCAGAGACCAGAAAUCUGAGCGAUCUUGAACGACUAAGUGUUAGCCUUAGCAUCAUGGCAGGCGCCGAUAGCAAUGCACCCUCAGUAGCAUGGGCCGUGAAUUUCCUGGCACAUAACCCAGAAAUACAAGAAAAGGCAUUUCAAGAAAUCAAAGAAUCCCAUGUCCUCGACACCGACCCCUUUGGGACCGGUAAAGUGCCAUACAUCAAUGCAUUCACCAAAGAAGUGGGAAGAUACUACACGAUCCUCCGUGUUGCCAUGCCCAAAGAGACCACGGCGCCGGUUGUCUACAACGGCGUGAUGAUUCCUAAGGGAACCAUGAUUCUUCUGAAUUCAUGGGCAUGCAAUCGAGAUCCCGAUCUUUUUGAAGACCCCUUUGCAUUUAUCCCCGAACGCUGGCUGGACAACUCAGAUUCCAAACAAGCGCAUCAGUAUGCCUUUGGCAUGGGCUCGCGAAUGUGUGUGGCAUCGCACUUGGCGCAUAACGCUCUAUACCUCGCUUUUCUUCAUCUGAUUGCCCACUUUAAGAUUCUCCCCUCGAGUCCUGACGCGCCAGGCACCUUGGCCGAUCCCCUAGAGGGCGGCAGUAUAUGGCUGCGGUUGGGUCGCCGAUGGCAUUCUACCACUCCCGAUCAGUCCCCGAAAACUCCUCCUCGCAUCUACAUGAUAAAUAUUAGUCUCACGAGAUACUGUAAGGAUAUGCCGCCAACCCUCUCGCAGGAAAAGGGCCGACUGCCCCGCCCCGCUGCUCUGGCAUGCACCGAAUGUCGACGGCGACAUCUCAAGUGCGACGCCAAAACACCAGUCUGCUCACGCUGCCACGAAGUGGGCUUCCGCUGUAGUUAUCUGAAGUCGAAACGAGGCGGAAAACGCAAGUACUCGUCGCGGAUCUCUUCCUCCUCUACUUCUGCUGUGCCACAGCAGCAGUCUCCCGCGCAAAGUCACGGGCAGUGGAUGGAUACAUCGCCGGCAGCGGCAUUGAUAUAUCUGAAUCAGUCAAGGCCGGCAACGACGCUUCUACCGCCGGAUAUCACAGCAGCAGUUGAUGUCCCUGUAGCUACGAGUAUCAGCCAAGCCACUGGAACCAACGAUGUAAUAACAUCAUCGUCCCCCCGGUCGCUUCGCUCGUUACAAGGACAGCAUGUUACGCAAGACAGUGACGGUGUACUCCGCGGCCCCGCGGAGGAGACUCUAGUUGAGCUUUACUACGAAAACUUUCACCGCUCGCAUCCCAUCCUAUUCCCCAAGAAUGUCUACGACAGGGGCCGGCGGUAUCCAAGCUACUUGAGUGCUGUCGUUCAGUAUAUCGGUAGUCACUACUCUGUGAUCUCGGUGGCGCAUUUGAGAGAAUUAGCCGCCACCGAGUUAGCUCAGACGGUGAACGGCGAAAACUCGCCGCAGGUUGUGCAGGCCAGGCUGCUAUAUGCCAUCGCCCUGCAUGGCAAUGGAGAGAUUGAAGAGGCCCGUACACGACUGCACGAGGCAAUCGACAUGGCGCUUGCGGUGGGGAUGAAUAAGAGGGAGUUUGCCAACUUCUACACCCGACAAGGGAGCGGGUUGGAAGCGGAAAGUAUGAGACGAACGUGGUGGGAACUGUAUGUUUUUGACGGCUACCUGACAGCUCUCGAUCCCAGGGGACCCUCUGGCCUCCGACUGAGCUUGGUUCAUUGCGAUGUUGAGAUGCCCUGCGAAGAAAGCAUCUAUGCAGAGGGUCGCUCCAUCUCCCCCCCUGCGUCGCGCCAGGAACUGGAGUCCCGUAUUUUCGCAGAAGUAGAUUCCGAAACCAGAGCGCUCUCGUCGUUCACAUAUCGCGUUGAUGCAAUUGAUCUCCUCGCCCGCGUUCUUGCUGUGAGGGAUCCGAAUCGGGCACAUCGUGACAAAGCGCAAGCCGUGGACAACACGCUGGCUAGCUGGGCGCACUAUCUACCUUCCAACAAGGCCGACAUUGUAAAUGCGUAUGGCGAGAUCGAUGAGAUGCUGCUGCAGGCGCAUAUGAUGGUGCAGCUUGCCGCGAUUCUGCUGCACUUCCCACGAAGUAAUUUGAUUCUGGAUUUCUGUGCCGACUCCAACGCAAGCAACGUUGACAAUCUUCUCUGCGGUCCGAUUGCGCACAAACUCCCACCCUCGUCCACGCGGCAUAUUCAUGGUAUAAAAGCCACCGAGGCCUCCAAGCGCCUCUCAAAUCUCUUCUCCAUUUGCACGUCGAUGCAAAAACAUAGUCCUUUAUUCAUGUUUGGCCUGAGCCUCUGCGGCGUCGUGCAGUGCUCAACGUUUAUCGCCCAUGUUCGAGUUGACGGCGAGAAGUGUCUGGAGCAACACCGAGACCGCGUACGGCUCCUUAUUGGACUGUUAAAGUCGUCGAAUGAGACUUGGGCGCUUUCGAAGGUCAUCCAGCAUAAGCUGCGGAGGGUUGCUGCGAUGCUCUUCCAGCCAAAGCCCUCCGUCCCAGUGUCCGUUCUCGCGAUGGCCUCCCCGCACGACGAACGCGAAGCAUAUGAUAAUUCUAUGUCGUUCCCUAGAAACACAAGUGAUAUUGCCUUUCAAAUGGAGAAUGGGUGGAUGCCCAUUGACGGCCAAUUUGGUUCGCCUGAAUUGGCGCCCUGGGUCUGGGGGUAG